AUGCCAGACAAGCUUUCCAGAAACAUAACAAAAACAGAAAAACCUACAGGAGCACCAGGCAACGUCUCACAUUGUUCCUUGAGGCCAAAGGCUGCUUCUGCAGCCGUCGCCUACACCGCUUUCCUCCCACUCUCCCCCCGCGAGUCCCGCCUUCCCCUCCCCCAGACGCCCCCCGCCGCCCCGCAUUCCUGCCCCCACUCGGGCCUGCGCGCCUCCGCACCCCGCAGCUCCAGGUCCCCCGCUCGCCCGCCCCCUCCGGCUCGGCUCGCAGCCCGAGGGCCGCCUGCUCCCAUUUCAAAACACGAUAAUAAUAGGGACGCUGGGAAUAACAACUACCACCAGCCCGGCGACGGAGCCCCUCCCGAGGGUCAGAGGUCGGCGCCCCGCGCCACUGAGGACCCCAGGGACUCCCGGGAGCCCGCCGUCGUCCUCACAGCGUCCCUGGACCCACUAACGCACCAUCGCCCCUCGUUCAAGGCCCGCCCUCGGUCCUCACGGCCGCCACAGCCCACCCCGGAGCCCUUCCUUAGCCUCUCUCGGCCGCCCGACCCCCGGGACGCCCCGAGGCCGGCCUCGGAGCCCGCCCUCGGCCCCUCAUGGCCGCUCGCAGGACCCCCGCGGCCCACCGACCGGCCUCUCGCGGCGCACGGCCCGCCCCGGGGCACCCGCGGCGUCGGGCAGCGGAGGAGGCCGCAAGGCCGCAGGAACGCCCGACGCCCUCCCGGACCACCACCCCCCAGAUCCCCGGCGCCUCUCACCCGGCUCCGAGGGCGACGCGGCUCCGCGGCGGAACGGCGGCGGGGCGCGGGCGCUGCCCAUGCAGCCCGCGGCCGCGUUUCCCGGGCCGCGCGGCCCGGGCGGGAAGGCGGCGUCGGCGCGCGGGCUGGAGGCUGCGGCGAGUGCGGGGCCGGCGGGAUGCAAGCCCGCCCUCGGCGUGCAGGAGCUCACGCGGGGCCGCGGCGCUCGCGCGGACGCUACUGCGGGGGCGUCUGGCCGCGGACUCCGCCGCGGCGCCUCCCCGGCUGGGGCCCUCGGUCCAUCGCGCUCUGUCGCGGGCGGCCUCUGGCUCCAGGACCCAGCGGUGGCUGCGGCGGGCGCCGGCCGCAUGAGAGCCUCCCGCCCAUUGGCUCGCCGUAUCCGCCACCGCCAUUGGCCCGCCCCGCAGAGCGGCAGGGGCCGCUUACGUCACGUCGGAGAGGAAAUGCGAUGCCGGGGUGA